AGAGCCUGUCCGUGGCUGUCAGUCUCUGCUACACCCCGCCCCGCCGAGCCUCUGCCGGGAACUCCCCCUGAGUUCCCCCGGUGUCUCCUCCGCGCUCUGCUCAGUCUCUCCAUGAGCUGUCACACUCAAGUAUUCCCGCACACACUCACGCAUCCACGCACACGCCCGGAGCAGGAGUAACGCCGCGUGGGGAGCUGCACAGAGCGGCUCGUUGUCGCGGGGACCGGAGGAAAAAGGCGGUUUGAUUUCGCUUCGUCUUUGGCUUCGUCGUGACUUCAGUUUUUUUUUUGAAGGGGAAAGAAACGAGACACAAGCGGGAGCCACGGAGGCGGAGUUGUCCCGUCCAAAAACAUCCUUCCCUCUCGAGAACUGUCACGUAGCGACCCGGAGUGACUGGCCCACACUGAGCAAACUACCGCCAACCAUCUGCGACCCAUCUUUUACUCUUCCACAUCUGCUUCAAAACCCAAUCCAAAUAGAAAAAUAAGGGGGACUUUUGACAAAUCUCUACCCAUGGGAUGUACCCGCGCCGGGGGUAUGAUGUUGGUUGAAGACUCCCCCCGCUUUGAUUAGGCCUCUGGGGGGGACGGAUGAGGAGGGAUGGGUGAGGAGACCCCCAGCUGGAUGUUCCGCUGUGGCCCCCAUCACGGCUGUCAUUAGUGGGUAAUGAGGGGCUGUUAAGAGGGGAGCCUGCGGAGAGAGGAGGGACAGUACAUCUGCUAUUCACAGCUCUGGAGAUUUUAGACAUUUCUGCAGAGGAAGAGAGAAUUGUGACGAAUUAAAAACAUUUCUUGGAUUAAUUUGAACAUUUUUGAUUUGCUACAUUGUUUUAUUACUGCAAAUUUUGGCGCUUUCGAUUAGCUUUUUUGCGAAAACUGCCAUACUGCUUUGGCUUCGACCAUUUUUUAACCUGGCAAAAAACUAAGCUAACCAUUGCUAACUGGAUUAUAUCAAUUUAAUUUUUUUUCAAGAUGACCAUCAAGUUUUUCUUCCUAUCAACUGGAUAAAACCCACUGUAUCAUAAAAAUCUUUCGCUGACAUCUCAUUUGGACGUUCACAAUCAUGGCCGCAGCUUAUCGCGUCGUCGUUAGCAGUAUUAGCUGUUACAAUAGCGUUGUUGUGGACCGGCGCGCUCACUCCCACGCCGUGCACUACUGCUCUGGGCCAUGUGGGGCGCUGUCACAAGGACUGGACUGCACCCUGGCCCAUAGAGGAACCUGCUCUGAGCUCCUCGUUGCUCCAGAGAUGACGUACAAAGAUGCUAACAACGCAUCUAUACAGUCCAGGAACAUGAGUCAACAUUUGUCCAGUCACGGUAAAAGUAUUUCGAUAGAUAGCGGGUACAGUAGCGGCCUUGAAAGAGCAGGGAGCAGCGGUAAUUUGUCCAUAGGAGAAGAUACGUCUACUUUGCGAAGUAAAAAAGCAUCGAGCGGAUCUAUCGGGAACUUGUCUGGCAGUUUAAAAGACAUCACCGAGGAAGCUAUUAAUUUAGCCAGUGGAAAGCUCAAAGAAUUCUCCUUUGACAAACUCCGCCUCUCGUCCUCAAAUCAUGUCACUUUCAGAAAAGGACGAAAAGUGCGUCCGGAUUCGUUUAGCCGGCGGUCCGCAGACUUGGAGAUAAUCUAUGGGCACUUUAGCUCCACUGUCACCUCUAAUGGCACGGCUAAUGGCAUGACAAAUGGCCUAAGUGCUCCCAAUGAUGAGAAUGUGCAGUCAUUUGGGUUAGUUAAAAGCUUAGAGGAGACGAAACAGAAAGGCAACUCAAGCAACCUGUCCGCUAUUACUAAAGCAAGUGGGGGUUCUUCUGGAAGUUUGUCGACACUCAGCUCCUUAGACCAGAGCAUGAACACGAUUACUUCCUUGUAUCGUAGCACAAUGGGGGAGGAGAAUCUGAUCGCUCGUUUGUUGGAGAAAACGCGAGCUGAGGUGGGCAGUGGUGGAGGAGAGGAUAUACGAGCUUGUUUGGACAUCCUUCUCAAAUGCUCUGAAGAUCUGAAGAAGUGUACUGACAUUAUCAAGCAGUGCAUUCGCCGAAAAGCAGGUGGAGGUCACGAAGACGGCGGAGCUAGCCCUGAUAGUGUGUACCGGGCGAUGAUGACGCGACUUAGCUCCUACCUAAAAAGACUACCCUUGGAUUUGGAAGGCAUCAGUAGCGGGCAAGGGCACAGCGAACUUGCCGAGUUGGUGAACAGCCUUCACUCGCUGCAGCAGUCUCCAUUCUCGCCAAUUUUUGGCAACGAGCAGCCGCCACGUUACGAAGAUGUAGUCCAUUCCCCUCCCAUUACAAAAUCGUACAUGUCGUCAUCUUUGAAACCAGAUUCUAACGCAAAAUCGCCCAUGAGUUCUCCGUCCCGCACUCCGACGCUUACAAACGGUCUACAGCACUCAACGUCCAUAAGCCAACACACGCUAACUGUUCCGUCUGUAACGUACUCUUCGUCGAGCGCCUCUUCCUCUCCAUCGCAUUCGCCUCUUCGAACUUCUCCUACGCCGCCAUACGCGCACACACCCCCAGCAUCGCCCAUGGAGGCUCUGUACAUCGAAGAGGAAGACGCACCUGAUCAAAUCGUCGAAAUACCUCCAAAACAGUCAAAUAACAUCAAUGGGUCCGUGGUAAACCAGCAAUAUCACUUGUCAAAUAAUCCGCCAGGUAGUUCCAGCUACAGUCCGAGCUGGCCUCCUGCUUCUACGCCGCCAAAUCUGGCAACGCCUCAACCGGUUACACAUAGAAACGAAGAUAUCGACAAGUUGUUAAUGGACUUAGAAAACUUAUCGCAAAGUAUGAGCAAUCCACCGCUUCCUGCAAAGACCAGGAAAAGAGAUAAGCUAAGUAAUAACGAUGGUUUCGGUCAACCCAAAUCGAUGCAAUUUCAGAUUCAGAAACAAGUAUCUUUGAAUGGACCUAGGUCAAAAUCUCCAAUUCCUGUUGCCUUGUCUCACAUUGAAAGCAACCAAAGUGGAGCCGGCGAGGAGGAAGACGGAGCACUUUUGAUGAGGAUUUUGGAAAGUAUUGAAAGUUUCGCUCAAGAGCUUGUCGACUCUGGCGCGGGGAGUACAGGAAGCGCUGAAAGAAGUAGCGGUAAAGAGCGAGAGGUGAUGAGGUUGCUGCAGGAUACGCUAGCCUCUACUAGCAGGUCGACUACCCCGCUAGAAAGUUUGCUAAUAACAUCUGCUCCUGAUCUGGAGAAUGAAAUCCCACCGGCGAUCCCACCAAAACAAUCCCAUUCAACGACAUACAUGUCCGAAAGUGGACCCGAACCUCCGCCCGUGCGCCAAAUUGACUCCUCCCCCAAACAAGUGCCUAUUUCCCUUCCAGAACCUGUACUUCAAGUCACAGAACCACCCACGAUCACUGAAGUUACCGUAUCAGACUCCACACCUGCAAGCUUGCAUUCCUCAGUAACUUUGACUGUAUCGGAGCCUGUACCCGAAGCUCCGCCCCCCGUUUCCACAACGACAGCAGAACCAGGAAGUGAACUCACCAACAAGCCCAAUGUGGUGAAAGACACUGGGUCGACUCUUCUCAUCCAGCAGACUCCAGAAGUGAUCAGGGUUCAGUCCAAACCAGAGAAGAGACCAAUCACCCCUCCCGCCGCACCUGCCCCAGCGGAGCUCACGGUCGUCCCGGCGACACGCACCCCCAGCCCGCCCCCCGCCCCGGUCAUAAUCACCCCGCCCCCACCCGCCAUCAACAUUCCCAGAUUCUACUUCCCCCGCGGGCUUCCUGUGGUAGGCCCCUCCCCCAACCAUGACGCCACCAUCGCUACCAUAGAAACCGCCUUCACCGAGUUCGAGGAUGAGAAGGCGGACAUUUACGAGAUGGGGAAGAUAGCCAAGGCAUGUGGCUGUCCUCUGUACUGGAAGGCCCCCAUGUUCUACGCAGCAGGGGGAGAGAGGACCGGCUUCGUCUCUGUUCACUCCUUCAUUGCAACAUGGAGAAAAUUGCUGCACAGUUGCCAUGACGAUGCGUCCAGAUUUAUUUCUCUGCUGGCCAAACCCGGGUGUAACUUCCUGGAGCAAGAGGACUUCAUCCCUCUGCUUCAGGACAUCGUGGACACACAUCCUGGACUGACGUUUCUGAAGGAUGCACCCGAGUUUCAUUCCCGCUACAUCACGACGGUGAUCCAGCGGAUAUACUAUGUGGUCAACCGCUCCUGGUCCGGGCGCAUCACCACGACGGAGCUGCGCCGGAGUAACUUCCUGCAGACUCUGGCUCUGCUGGAGGAGGAGGACGACAUAAACCAGAUCACAGACUACUUCUCGUACGAGCACUUCUACGUUAUCUACUGCAAGUUCUGGGAGCUGGACACUGACCACGACCUUUACAUCGACCUCAAGGACCUCUCCAGAUACAACGACCACGCUUCUUCAAACCGAAUCAUCGAGAGGCUGUUUUCUGGAGCUGUGACUCGGGGUAACGCCGUGCAGAGAGAGGGACGCAUGAGCUACGCCGAAUUCGUUUGGUUCCUCAUUUCAGAAGAGGACAAGAAAAACCCCACCAGUAUCGAGUACUGGUUCCGGUGCAUGGACGUGGACGGGGACGGCGUCUUGUCCAUGUUUGAGCUGGAGUACUUCUACGAGGAGCAGUGCGAGCGUAUGGAGCGCAUGGGAAUAGAACCUCUGCCUUUUCAGGAUCUACUGUGUCAAAUGUUGGACCUCGUCAAACCGGAGAAUCUAGGGAGGAUUACCUUGAGUGAUCUGAAGAGGUGCAGAAUGGCCCACAUCUUCUUCGACACCUUCUUCAACCUGGAGAAAUACCUGGACCACGAGCAGAGGGAUCCGUUCGCUGUGCAGAAGGACAUCGAUAGCGAGGGUCCGGAGCCGUCAGACUGGGACAAAUAUGCCUCAGAGGAAUAUGAGAUUCUGGUCGCCGAGGAGACUGCAAACGAACAGCUGCAUGAUGGGUCGUUCGAUGAUGACUACGAUUCAGAAGAACUGCACGUCCCCGGGGACAUUGGAAACAAAAUGGAGAAACUUGUUAUUUCUGAUCUCACUGCUUAAAAAACAUUUCCUUGGAACUAUGUGUCUUGCCUUUCUGGAAUGAGACGUACACAACCGGUGGCCAAUGCAUCACUUAUUCUGAAGACUUUUGGUGCAGAGAAAAACAAAGCAUCCUGGAAUUUUUACGACUGGCAACUUCCCAGUGGUAAAUAACUCAAAUUAAACUAGAUGCCACCAAAUUACUAUUUAUUUUUGGAGUAAAAGAAGAUAUUUAACUGCCUUUGUACAGCUGACAAUCUCACCAAAGGACUAUAAAGUACAAAAACUGUAUAAUGUAAGCAAAUGUUACAAAGCAAAAGUUGGACAAUGCUCUUAAAGAUUUGUUAGAGAUUGUGCAAGUCUGUGAAGCAAUAGAAGGGAAAGUCUACUUGUCAAUACAGCACCCUCUUGUGGCAAAUCUUAGUAAUUGCAUGGCAUUUUUGUUUGAAGAAGUUGCCGGCCAAACUGCUGCUCUAUUCUUAGACGAGUAUUAUCAGCUCUCACUCCGCCUCUCUCCGCUUUCAUUUCUCAAACCAAGGAUCUGCCUGUGAAGCGCUGAGUAAAUGUACAUUAAGUAUUCAAGUAAAAAAUACAACACUCUCUGGUAGAGUUGCCAAAAUAUUUUCAUUUUGUUAAAUCGUUGAUGGGAAGUGUGACGUCUUUGUUGCUUGCUCGGAUCCAUACUACUGUUCAGUUGAAUGACCUGUAUGUUUUCAGGUUGCGCCAGUGCUAAAUUUACAUUAUUCUAAAUAUUUUGUUCUCAACAGUGUUUUUAUAAUUCAUGCUCACAACUCGCAGGAUGUAAAAUUAUUUUGGAAAUUUUGUUUUUACCCAGUUUUGUUUAGAAACUUGAAUGCAACAGAGUGAAGGAAAUGUUGCUUGAGGCGUUAAAGUAUCUGUCAUUGCUCUUCUUCUUCUAAGUUAUGUGUAGCAUCGGCGUUGGCGUUAUCGUUGGCGUUAGCGUUGGCGUCGGCGUUAUCGCUGUAGCUCUUUGCCGGUGCGGUUGGACAGAUGUGUCUCUCCUCUGUGCACUCCUGUCCUGAGCGUGUCUGUGUUUGUUCAUAGAGAUGGAGGAUGGAGUGUUUUGCUGAGGCUCUGUUUAUACACCUCUGUCGUCACUACGGUAACAGUGUCCCCAUCCCGGGUUUGUUUGUAGAAGUUUUAAUUAGGGAUAGGGCAGUGCUUGUCCAGUGUCUCCAAAGCUCAAGCCAUAUACCUCCUGUAUGUUCAUUACUGUAGACACGGCUCCUCUGCACCUCUGUACAUGUGCCUGAUUGUAUUAUAGCUAAAUAAUGUUAACAUUAUAUGAUGAAGCCUUUAUAAAUAUGAUGGCUGUGAUAUUUUUAUGUAUUUGAUCUGUAUUGUUGUGCCACUGUGUGGCUGUAGACUGGGGAGGGAGGGGGUAAAUUAUAUCAUGUGUGAAUAUUUGUGUGCACAGGAAAUGGCCCCAGCACACGAGCCUGAAUCCUCUGGAGGACUGAUCUCCACUGACAAUCAUUCAUGAGACCAGCACUGCUCACAGUGACCACACUGUGGCAGCAGAGAGUCCGCUGCUCAUACUCAGCUCUAUGCAAAGACCUGAUGUACAGCAUCAGGCGGGAGUGAAGCCAUGUACGUCUCUACUGUGACAGAGUCAGACCUUUGUGUACUUCCUCUGUGCAGAGGAGCUUAUCUAAGCCGAGGCUUCAAAUGGAUACUAAUACGGCAUGGUUUUCUUUGUUUUCAGUUUGUUCUUAUACCUGUUGCUGCCAUCUAAAGAUUAAGUUUUAAAUAAAGAUGCGAGAUGUUCUGA